UAUCAACAGUUUUUACGAUUUGUAAAGUAAGCGUCCUGACAUGACCUGAUAUUGCGCUAUUUAAAAAAUUUAAAAAUCAGUGAGAUACCAUUAUAAAAACUGAUUUUUCUGCUGAAAUUUCUCAUGCUAGAGUUCGACAUAUUUUAAAUAAUGAUAUUGAUGAAAUUUUAAAGUUUUGUUUUGAUAGACUUAAUUUAUCGUUUACGCGAGAUGAUUAUAAAGAAUUUCUUAUUUUAAUUAUUAUUUUUUUGGGGGGUGUCCCUCCAGAAGGAAUAAAAUUUAAAAACCAGGAGCAUACCAUUUAGCACGUUGGAUGGCUAAAGGUAUAUACGGCCUAAAAAUUUUCUUAUUUAGAAAUCAGUUUAAGUUAACUAAACUUGAGGAAAAUUCUCUCGCAGAACUUAAUUGCUUUAUUAUAAAAUGUUACGCUGUGAACUGGUUUACUGCCUCAAACAGUGAAAUGGCUCCUUUAAAUGACAUCAGAUUUUUAAGAAAAUUGCAUGAAUAUUCUAAAACGAAUAAAGAUAUUUCUGAAGCUACAAUUAGAAAAUUUUUAAAUCAUUUAUAUUAUUUGAAUGAAGAAUGUUUAUCUUUUACAUUAUUCGAUCAAAGAGUAGACGAUGAUACAAAAUUGAAAAUGGCUAAAAAAUUAUGUGAAGACAUCUUCGAUGAAGAAGAUGAAAUAGAAGAAGAGAUUGAGACCCCCAAAAAACUAAUUUUAAAAAAAGGUGACAUUCCAUUUAUUUUUAAUGAUGACGAUAAAACUAUUUUAGUUAAACUUAUUAGUAAAAAAUCUCUAAAGAUGUUUAAAAGAUUCAAUAUAAAUAGUGAUUUUUUAAAAACUCAUCCCAACACGUGGAAUAAUUCAGCUAAUUAUAAAUAUGGCGAGGAAAAAAUUAAAAACCUUAAAGUUGUCAACGAUGCAGCAGAAAGAGGAAUUAAACUUAUUGAGGAAUUUGAUCAUAAAAUUACAAAAAAUGAAGAGCAAAAACAAUUUCUUCUGCAGACUAUACAAGAUUAUCGUGAAAAAUAUCCGAAUCCAUCUCUAAAUGUUCUUAAAAAAAACCUCUGAUUUUUUUUAUUUAAUAUUAUUUAUUUUUUAUUUUUUUAAUUUUACA